CCUCUUCUUUUUUUCCUUCAUCUUUCAAAACACUUUUGCCACCUCCUCUCUUUCUUUUGGUCCCUCCAGGGAGUUUUCGCCAUGGCCGCCACAGCCGCCGCUUCCAACCACCGUGUCGCACUUCCAAUUCUCUGCCUUCUUAUUGCCUUGAGUGGCAUCCUUCUUACCCGUGCCGAGCUCCCACGAUUCGCCCAUCCCUCCAAAGACGACGGCUCUCUCAGCCUUCUCGUCCUCGGAGACUGGGGACGAAACGGAGAUUACAACCAAUCAGAAGUUGCCUUUCAGAUGGGAAUCAUUGGCGAAAAACUGGAGGUAGAUUUUGUAAUUUCAACUGGCGAUAAUUUUUAUGAUAGAGGACUAAAGGGUACCGAAGAUCCCGAAUUUGAAGAGUCAUUUUCCAAAAUAUAUACUGCACCAAGCUUGCAAAAGGAGUGGUAUAGUGUUUUGGGGAAUCAUGAUUAUAGAGGAGAUGUUGAGGCCCAACUUAGUCCAAUUUUGAAAAAAAUGGACAACAGAUGGAUUUGUUUGAGAUCUUUUAUAGUUGAUACAGAAAUUGUGGAGUUUUUCUUUGUGGACACAACCCCCUUUGUGGAUAAGUAUUUUAAUGAUCCUGAAGAUGAGAUUUAUGAUUGGAAGGCUAUUUUACCAAGACGAAAAUACCUUUCUAACCUUCUCAAGGAAUUCGACUCAGCAUUAAAGGAUUCAAAUGCAAAAUGGAAAAUAGUUGUGGGACAUCACACUUUGAAAAGUGCUGGGAGUCACGGUGAUACUCAAGAACUACAUCACCAACUUCUUCCCAUUCUUGAGGAAAAUAAAGUGGAUUUCUAUCUAAAUGGACAUGACCAUUGCUUACAGCAUAUAAGCAGCACAAACAGCCCACUUCAAUAUUUUACAAGUGGAGGAGGGUCAAAGGCAUGGAGGGGAGACAUAAAUUGGAUGGAUCCAAAAGAGUUGAAGUUUUAUUAUGAUGGGCAAGGUUUCAUGUCAUUACAAAUCAAUCCUUCACAAGCAAACUUUACAUUCUUUGACAUAUUUGGCAAUAUUUUGCACCAAUGGUCUUCCACCAAGCCACUUCUUCAUUCUACCAUUUGAUGAAUCAUCACUUUGCCCUUUCUUAUUUAUUUUUAAUUAUUCUCCUCAACUCUUAUCAUUGUUAUUGUUUAUUCCCCAAUCUUAUAUAUAUUAUUAAUUUGGCU